AAUCUCCUGGGAAACCAUUUGUCUGCUUGCCUCUCCUUCGCCUUUUAAACUCUGCCUUUCUCUCCACAACCAAACAUAAAUUAUUUUGAAUCAACUCAAACACACCAUGGCUUCUUCCUUCUCCACCCACUGCCACCUUCCUUCUUUCUCUUCUUCUAACCAUUUCCUUUUUCCAUCUCCAUCAUCUUCGUCAUCUUCUUCUUUUAUUUCUCUUCACCUCUUCUCCAAAUCCUCUCUUGGUUCUGUGCUCUCUGAUACCAGCGACAAACAAGAGAUAAGAUGCAGAGCUAUAUCCAAGUCACGAACACAAGAAUAUUCAGACAUAUUUCAGGGUGGUCUAACAGUAUUAAAGUUGCCUGAUGUUAAUGUGGAGGAGGACAUAGAAGAGGAGCAAGACACUGGGGUUUUGGUGGCAAAAGAGAUCAAGAAGAGAGUGGACACUAUCAAAUCAAUAUUGAGUUCGUUGGAAGAUGGAGAGAUAACUGUGUCUGCUUAUGACACUGCUUGGGUUGCUCUGGUAAAAGAUGUUAAUGGAAGUGGUGCUCCUCAGUUUCCAACGAGUCUAGAAUGGAUAGCAAAAAACCAACUUGAGGAUGGAUCAUGGGGUGAUCAGGAAUUGUUUUCAGCCCAUGAUCGGAUCAUAAACACGUUAGCUUGUGUUAUUGCAUUAAAAUCAUGGAAUAUGCACCCUGAAAAGUGUGAGAAAGGAAUGACAUUUUUUAAGGAGAAUCUUAACAAGCUUGAGGAUGAGAAUGCGGAGCAUAUGCCAAUUGGGUUUGAAGUAGCUUUCCCAUCACUUCUUGACCUGGCUCGUGAGUUGGAGAUCGAUGUGCCUGAAAAUUCCCCAAUCCUGAACAAAAUCUUUGCAAUGAGAAACGUAAAACUCACAAGAAUACCAAGAGAGAUGAUGCAUAAAGUGCCCACAAGUCUGCUUCAUAGCUUGGAAGGGAUGUCAGACCUGGACUGGAAAUCACUUCUGAAACUUCAGUCUCAAGACGGGUCUUUCUUGUUUUCUCCUUCUUCCACCGCUUUUGCUCUCAUGCAAACCAAAGAUCAAAAUUGCCAUGGUUACUUGAAUCAAAUCGUCAAGAGGUUCAAUGGUGGAGUUCCAAACGUGUAUCCAGUGGAUUUGUUUGAACAUAUUUGGGUGGUUGAUAGGCUAGAACGCCUAGGAAUAUCUCGGUAUUUUCAGCAAGAGAUCAAAGACUGUAUAAGCUAUGUUUAUAGAUAUUGGACCGAGAAGGGUAUUUGUUGGGCAAGAAAUUCAGAUGUUGAAGACAUCGAUGACACGGCAAUGGGUUUCAGAUUACUGAGAUUACAUGGCCAUCAAGUUUCAGCUGAUGUGUUCAAACACUUUGAGAAGAACUGUGAAUUUUUCUGUUUUAAGGGACAAAGCACACAAGCUGUGACAGGAAUGUUCAAUCUGUUAAGGGCGAGUCAAGUAAUGUUUCCUGGAGAGAAAAUUCUAGAAGAUGGGAAGAAGUUCUCCUCAAAAUUUUUGAAGGAAAAGAGAGAAGCAAAUGAGUUAGUAGAUAAAUGGAUUAUAAUGAAAAACUUACCAGAAGAGGUGGCAUACGCAUUGGACGUGCCAUGGUAUGCAAGUAUGCCUCGAGUGGAGACAAGAUUCUACAUUGAUCAAUACGGCGGUGAGAGUGACGUAUGGAUUGGCAAGACUCUUUACAGGAUGCCCUUUGUGAACAACAACAACUAUCUGGAGCUUGCUAAAUUAGAUUACAACAAUUGUCAAGGAAUGCAUCUAAUGGAGUGGGGGAGGAUUCAGAAGUGGUACUCAGAAUCUAGAUUGGCAGAAUUUGGAAUGAACAGAAGAACUCUUCUGUUGGCUUAUUUUCUGGCAGCAGCGAGCAUAUUUGAACCAGAAAAAUCUCAUGUGAGGUUUGCUUGGGCCAAAAGCACAGUCUUACUUGAGACCAUAACAUCCUAUGUUAGUGAUGCAGAAAUGAGAAAAACUUUCAUGAAAGGUUUCAGUGACUGCAUUAGCAGGCGUGACUCCAUUGGCUGGAGGUUCAACAGGAACACAACAGGACAUGGACUGGUGAAAACUUUGGUUACGACCAUAGAUCAAAUAUCAUGGGAUAUACUUGUUUCUCAAGGUCAUGAAAUCGGAUAUGAUAUGCAUCGUGCGUGGGAAAAGUGGCUUUCAAGUUGGCACGAGGAAGGAGACAAAUGUGAAGGACAAGGAGAGCUUUUGGCGCAGAUAAUAAACCUAUGUGGUGGGCAUUGGAUUUCAGAGGAUCAAAUGUUCGAUCCUCAAUAUGAGACUCUCCUUCAACUCACUAACUCACUCUGCCAUACACUCUAUUGUCAUCAAAAGGACAAGGAAUCGGAGAGCAUGAUAUUCCCAGAAGUUGAGUCGCAAAUGCAAGAACUGGUGCAAUUGGUGUUCCAAAAAUCUCCAUCUGGCAUUGAUUUCAAUAUCAAGAACACUUUUCUCACUGUGGUAAAGACUUAUUACUAUGCAGCUUUCUGUGAUUCAAGGACCACCAACUUCCACAUUGCCAAAGUUCUGUUUGAUAAAGUUAUUUAAAUUUUUAUUUGAAGAAUAGUUUCUAGACUUCUCCGUCAUUGUGAAUAUUUUUCUUCCGUUAUUUUCCAAUGUUAGGAAAAGAUUCAGAUGUUGCGGCU